AUGCCUACCGAAGACAACAAGCUUGAGAAUCCGCUCUCUCCCUCCGCCCCGAGGGAGAAGCUAGAAGCCCAGAUCAAGAGCGCCGACAUGGCCGAGGACAUGCAGCAAGAGGCAGUUGAAGUUGCCCAGGAAGCUAUGGCCAAGUUCACGAUCGAGAAGGAUAUUGCUCAACACAUCAAGCGGACGUUCGAUGACAGAAAGGGGCCCACGUGGCACUGCAUUGUAGGCCGCAACUUUGGCAGCUUCGUGACCCACGAGACGAAGCACUUCAUCUACUUUUACCUCGGCCAUUGCGCCAUCCUUCUCUUCAAGACCCAGUAG